AUGGACCCUACAUCCCUUCAGCUGCUGCAGCAGCAGCUGCAGUUGCAGCGUCGUCGUCAAGAGCAGCUCCAAAGUGGAGGACAGUAUCAGCCACCUUCACUUGGCAAUGCGGUUUGCAAUUUUUUGGAAACUGGAAGUGUGUCCCCUCGGUUUGUUGCUACCCUGCCAAUCCCCGUUGCUCAAGAACAGGUCCAGUGGCAUAGCCAACAACAAUCAGGCAAAGCUCAAAAGCGAAAGAGCAACAAAAAACAAAAACAACCCGUGGAGAAGAAGAAGAGAAAACCCAAAAAUCGCUGCCAGAAACCUGACUGCUACGAACUACAUUCAGGGAAGUGUUCCGAUGGGUCACGCUUUUGUGGCAAGCACAGAGAAGAGCAUGAAAAGAAAAAGGAUCCAGAUUUUCAGCCACAAGCUCCUUGGGUCAAACCAACCUGUGCACAAUGUGGAAAUGAUCCUGUGCCUGACAAAGAUGGCCUGCUCCUGUGCACCAAACACAGAAAAGAGGAUAAUAAAAACAGGAAAAGGAAGCAGCGUGCCAAGAAGCUUGUGGAAGAAGCUGUACAAGUCCUUCAUAUCGAACAAGUGAUGAAGAACGCUGAUGAGCGGAAGGACCGAUUGAAGAAAUUCAAAGAAUUGGAUCCAACUGUCGGGACUUACAGUCCAGGCGACGACCCCCUUCCAACUCUUCCGAACCAUGGCUUUGGCAAAAUCCAGUACUAUGACGAUACAACACUGCAGGCAAUGAUGAAGGAUGCGAAGAUGCCAAGUCACAUUCAUUGUUUGGGUGGGGGGGAAUAUGGGGCCCUCCGUACGCAGAGCCAUGAUUAUGUGGAGAAUGACUUCAUUGCUGAAAUUGCUACGUCCAGUCGCAAAUUGGUCCUUGAGCACAAGCAGCUGUCGGUAGAGUUGACCAAGGCUGCCAAACGCAAUUGCAAGCACUUGGAGAUUGAAGGCGACAGUGCUCCCGCAUUCAAUCGGGCUGCGGAGGUCCAUUUGGGUGAGCACACGGAAAAAAUUCAAUUCUUUAAAGCGCACAGGGACAAGAAAGUGUUUGGCAUGGUGACGCUCUACGGGCUAGAGGGAUUCAGCUUCAAUUUUGUCAUUGUGGAAGGUACUGUUGAAGGCUCGAACGACAAUGUUGAAUUUGAUAAAGGACUCGGGAACUACAAGGAAUAUGACCAAUGGAAGACUACCCUUGAGCAGGAGGACAGGGAAGGUGUGGAGCUGUACGAAGCUAACCUCAAGAGCAAAAAUGGGGAUGGGUACCAGAAGGGGUUUCACACCAUCAUCGUGUACAAGCUGAAGGCAGGACAGCGCCUCAUUUUCAACGCCCAGGGACUCACCCAUGGAGUCAUCGUCCCAGCGUGGGUCCCACAGGCAGAUGAGAGCAAACCCCGUGUCAAGAAUGAACGCUCUGUGAUCGUUUACCACGAUCUCAUUCCCCGAUGGGGAGAUGAACCAGACGAUGGUUGUAGUGAUGCAAACACCAAAGCCACAAUCACCAGCCGUGGUCGUAAGGUGCGUCCUCCGAGACGCUUGUGA